CAUGUCAGGCCUCGAUGUCCUGUAUGUUCGUAGGCAGCAAAUUCGCCCUCUUAUCUUUCCGAUUGGCACCAUGUGGGCGGUAAGAUAAUACCAUUGUUCUCCUUGCCAGCGAAUCGGACUAGAUGAAUGCAAAGUCAUACUGUGACGGUAAGUCCACUGUACAUGCAGAUUCAGUAACCAUGCAUUAGCAUGUACUGUUCAGUCGGGUGAGUAUUAUACUACUACCUCUUGACUACGAUGUCUUUCGAGUCACGAUCCCGUCAAUGCCAUUUCAUAUUUACUAUCUCUCUCAAUGAGUUCGGUACUUGAGACGAUUGGCCUUUAGCAAUCAAUAUUCGGCAAAUGGUUCCCCUCCUGAGAAGGUACCGGUUAUGUAGUUGCUAUUCGCCUCAACUUUCUACAACUUUGAACGAUGCUUAGUUAUCCAUCCGUCACCUCUUCAUGCACUCGAAUCCUGCGCUCAACCCUCAAGACAUCCCACAAGUCCUUCUCCACCUCACAGCCCAUACUAAGCACCGCCAGCUCAACCAAUCCCAACUUCGUAAAGAUAGUCGAAGUCGGGCCUCGCGACGGUCUCCAGAAUGAACCAAAGCCAAUUCCACCUCCCAUCAAAGCAGAACUCAUCAAUAAACUCGCUAUCGCAGGGAUGCGCAACAUCGAAGCCGGCAGCUUCGUGAGCCCAAAAUGGGUGCCUCAGAUGGCAGGCACGGCAGAGGUCUUAUCUCUCAUAGACAGUUUCCCGAAAACCGGUUACUCGGUGCUCGUUCCAAAUCAGAAGGGGUUGGACGACCUACUAGACAUACUCUCCUCUAGCACUUCUCCAAACUCACACGCAAAGCCCCCACCUCCAGUCACCGAAAUCGCAAUCUUCACAUCUGCGACAGAUGUGUUCUCUCUCGCAAAUACCAACGUCUCUGUUUCAGGUUCUCUCGAACGUCUUGCGCCAGUUGCGCGCAGAGCUCUUGAUGCUGGGUUGAAGGUGCGAGGGUAUGUUUCAGUAGUCGUCACAUGUCCCUUUUCUGGACGCGUGGAUCCGAGGCGGGUUAGGGAUGUUUCGAAGGAGCUCGUACAGAUGGGAUGCUACGAGGUGAGCUUGGGAGAUACGACAGGCGCAGGGACGCCCGCUAGCAUCCGUGGGAUGCUUGAGGAAGUUGCGAAAGAAAUAGAUGUAGGGAUCCUUGCUGGACAUGUAAGAUUCACUCGCUUGUAUCUUAUCUUAUGGUUGAUUCAAUAUUCUUUUGGACUGUGUAGUUCCACGAUACGAAUGGUACAGCGACUGCCAAUAUUAUGACUGCUCUUGACUUCGGGUUGCGAACAUUCGAUGCGUCCGUUGGUGGCCUUGGAGGGUGCCCGUAUAGUCCUGGUGCCACGGGUAAUGUUGCAACGGAAGAUGUCGUCUA